AUGUCUCAUAGAAAGUUUGAAUCACCCAGACACGGUUCCCUAGGUUUCUUACCCAAAAAAAGAUGCCGACGAGGUCACGGACGUAUAAAGGCUUUUCCAGCUGACAACGCAUGUAAGCCUUGCCACCUCACUGCUUUCAUGGGAUACAAAGCUGGCAUGACCCACGUUGUUCGUGAAAUCAACAGACCAGGUUCAAACCUCCACAAAAAAGACGUCGUUGAAGCUGUUACUAUCAUUGAAACUCCUGACAUGUACGUUGUUGGUUUAGUUGGCUACAUCGAAACCCCACGCGGGCUUAAGCCUAUUAAGACUCUUUGGGCUGACCACCUUUCUGAUGAAUUCCGAAGAAGAUUCUACAAGAAGUGGUACACUUCCAAGAAAAAGGCUUUUACCAACUAUGAAAAACGAGCUAUUUCUAAAGAAGAAACUAUCAAGCUCAUCAAAGACAAAUGUUCUGUCGUCCGAGUCAUUGCGCACACUCAGCCAAGUCUCACUCCAGUUGGUGUAAAGAAAGCCCACAUCAAUGAAAUCCAAGUUAACGGUGGCUCAAUUUCCGACAAAGUAGACUUUGCUCUUGGUCUUUUCGAAAAACCCGUUUCAGUUAACUCUGUCUUUGAAACUAACGAAAAUAUUGACACCAUUUCCAUUAACAAGGGUAAAGGUACUCAAGGUGUCAUCAAGCGAUGGGGUGUCACAAGACUUCCUAGAAAAACGCACCGUGGUUUACGUAAGGUAGCUUGUAUCGGUGCAUGGCAUCCAGCUCGUGUCCAGUUCCAAGUAGCUAGACGCGGUCAAAUGGGUUACCAUCACAGAACAGAAAUGAACAAGAAGAUAUACAGAAUUGGUAAUGGUGAGGACGCUAGUAACGCCACCACUAGCUGUGAUAUCACUGAAAAGUCUAUCACUCCAAUGGGUGGUUUCCCUCACUACGGUAUCGUCAAGAACAAUUUCUUGAUGAUUAAAGGAACUGUAGCUGGACCUCGUAAGAGAGUAAUUACUUUACGCAAGCCCAUCAUCGUUAACACCAACCGUAAAGCUUUAGAAGAAGUUGAACUUAAAUUCAUCGACACUGCUUCUAAGAUUGGUCACGGUAGAUUCCAAACUUCUGAAGAAAAACGUAUUUUCUACGGUCCUAGUUUUAAGAGACAAAAAGUUAAUGCAUAA